UCCAUGCUCCAUUCAGAAGGCUGAAUCCGCCGGUUAGCUCAGUUAGCAGAACAAGUUAGGACCUUUUAUCAACAUGUCUCACCCAGUACCGUCCGAAAAACCCUCCAAGACCGAGAAUCCUCGCGUUUUCUUUGAUGUUGACGUUGACGGAAAAGCAGCUGGCCGGAUCAUCUUUGAGCUUUUUGCUGACAUCACCCCUAAGACGGCUGAAAAUUUCCGGGCGCUUUGUACUGGGGAGAAAGGCAUUGGAAAAUCCACAGGAAAGCCUCUGCACUUCAAGGGAUGCCCCUUCCACAGAAUCAUCAAGAAGUUCAUGAUCCAAGGAGGGGACUUCUCUAAUCACAAUGGCUCAGGAGGGGAGAGCAUUUAUGGGGAGAAGUUUGAGGAUGAAAACUUCCACUAUAAGCAUGACAAAGUGGGUCUGCUGAGCAUGGCCAACGCUGGGCCCGGCACCAACGGUUCACAGUUCUUCAUCACUACUGUCCCAACGCCACACUUGGAUGGAAAGCACGUGGUCUUCGGACAAGUCUUGAAAGGGAUGGGAAUUGUAAAAAUGUUGGAGUCCAUUGAUACCAAAGAAGAUGCCCCUAUAAAGCCUUGCGUCAUAGCUGACUGCGGAGAGCACAAGGAUGAGGAUGGCUGGGGCACCGCGACAAAUGAUGGAACCGGAGAUGCCCACCCAGACUUCCCCGAGGACUCAGAAAUCGACUUUAAAGAUGUUGAUAGCGUUCUGUCAGUUGCUGAAGAUGUGAAAAAUAUUGGAAACAACCUUUUUAAGAGCCAAAACUGGAAAGGUGCUGUAAACAAAUAUAGUAAAGCCCUCAGGUACCUGGAGAUGAGUGGAGAUCUAGUGGAGGAAGAGGCGCAGAAGAAGCUGGAGCCGACUGUCGUCAGCUGCUUCCUUAACACGGCUGCUUGCAAUCUAAAGAUGCAGCUGUGGCAGGAUGCUCUGGACAGCUGCACUGAGGCUUUAGAGCUGAAUGAAGCAAACACUAAGGCACUUUUCCGGAGGGCCCAGGCCUGGCAGGGGUUGAAGGAAUUCGAAAAAGCCUUGGUUGAUCUGAAGAAAGCUCAGGUUAUUGCUCCAGAAGAUAAAGCUAUCAACAACGAGAUGAAGAAGGUCCAUCUUAAAAUCCAGGAAGAGAAGGAGAAAGAGAAGAAAAUCUAUGCCAAAAUGUUUGCGUGAACAGUUAACCUCACAAUGCAUUUAAUCAUUUGCUAAUAUUUAAAUUUACCUCCUGACCACACACACACACACACACACACACACACACACACACACACACACACACACACACACACACACACUUUGAGGCCUAGUAUUCUCAUGCAUCCUGGGUGGUUAAAUCACAAGUGGGCCGGUCUGGAGGCCACAUGUGAUUGUGUCUGUUAUGUUCUCUGUAUGCUGAUAAAUAUGUAGUCAAACAUCAUGCUGACAAACAAACAGGAUGUGACAUUUUCUGUGAAUGGAUUAUUUUAAGUAUUUAAUUUGGAAGCAUCUUGGUGGAAAUGGAAAAGUCUUUUCUAGUUGGUCUUAGAUAAUCCUUCAAUAUGGCCGAAGACACACUUAUGUCAACGCUGUUGAGAGAUUGGCGCUGGUGAUCGGACCACCCGGGACUUACGUUAGCACCACUGGAGAACAUUUGAGUCUGCUGUCAUGUGAAAAUGUUGUUACAGUAUUUGAAUCUUUCUGCUUCAUGUUCCGCCUGGACAUUUCUUACGUUUUGUGUCUUUAUAAGGGAGUAUCUUUGUGAAGCUUUAACGUCAUCUCAUUUUGUUGUAAAAAGUGUCUUCACUGUGAUGAAUAGUUUGAGUCUUAUGUAAUAUUCGCACUGGACUAAAAACGACCUCUGGACCUGCAGUAAUUAUAAAAUUACACCCCAACAUCCACAUUUAAUUCCACACAUUCACACUGGAUAAACAGUCUGUUUUACUGUAAUUUAAAGACAUUGAUCCUGGAAGUGACAUUGAGGCCUCAUAUUUUUAUUAAACAUUACAUUUAAAUAGAUUUAAAAGCAUCUGAUCCACUCGAGUUAGAUUUCAGUGACACGUCACAUCUUGAGAACUGACUAAAUUGGAAAAUGGCGUAUUGGCCUAUGCUUUAAGUUGCCUUGGUAACGGUAAACGUGACCAGAACUUUUGUCAAAUCCCUAAAUGUUUAGAGAAGCUUUUAGCUUGUUGAAAGAGUUUCUUACCCUGUGAUGCAGCCACACGUCUUCAUCUCAUUGUCCUCAUUCAGCAGCUAAAAAUAUCAGACCACCACAUUAUGAACUGCAAUUGGUGCAAAUUAUGCCAGGAAAGAGGCAGGAAAAGCCAGGAGCAAUUUAAAGAAAAGAUUCCAGCUUGCACAUCACCAAAUUACUGACGUGCAUUUGGAUGGGAUUUAUCACCCCAUGACCUCGGUGUUGGCUGAAGAAGGGUAGGUAAUGUGGAAUUUUUACUUUACCGAUCAUUCACACGUCGCAUUUGGACGGGAUUAAAAUCACAGACGUCCAUGAUUACAAAUUACCGCAGUUCCCAGAUGAUUUUAAUCCCGUGCAAAUGGGACAUUAGUCUGGUCUCACACUGGCCUUUAUUGUGAAGUUUUAAAGAAUAGAAGAGUCAAGUUUUGUUGCAUCACUUCAUGCAGUAUCUUUCCCCCGAUACACCGCAUCUUGUUUUUUUUACUGAGGUAAAUUUAAAAUGAAUAAAUAAAUCAACAACCA